AUGGAUUCCAAUGAGGCUGCCGUGCCGGAGGCACCUUCUCAAACAGCUAAAAGUGAAAACUCAAAAAUAAACACUGACCGUACUACUGAUGCGCAGAGCAACAAGCGAAAACUACCAGUGGCAGAUGCACCUACGGAGAACCCGACCUUCGAUAAAGAUCAGCCUCGUGUGAAGCGCAAGAGGAUCCAGGAGCGGCUUCAUAAACAUCGGAAACGCGGGAAGACCCCUCCCGCUGCUUAUUCUCGCCGCGACGACUUCUCUUCUCAAGCUCAACAACAUGAAGCGUUACCUAAGUCACCUUCACCUUUACGACGGUCGGCGUCCCCAGACGCUCCCGUACGUCAACGCAAACGCCCAGGAGGCGGAGCACGUGUAAAUGCUGCUAACCUUGAGGCACUAAAGCGAAGACAGGAAGAGAGGGAACGUCAACGGCAGGAAGAGGCACAAAAGGAGCUGCGUGGUCGCGGUGUGCACGAUGUUGUAAGACAGCAUUAUAAUGCCGUGCCGCAAAGAGGUCGAGAGUGGCGCAAGACGGAUAGCAAGAUCAAAGGGCUUCGAAGUUUUAAUAAUUGGAUUAAGAGUACGAUAAUUCAGAAAUUCUCACCCGAUGAAGACUUUCUAGUCAGGAACAACGACAAUACCUGGGCUGGUGGAUCCUCAGCGGCAGUUGAUGGAGAGAAAAGAUUGGUUGUGCUGGAUGUGGGAUGUGGUAAAGGUGGUGAUUUGGGAAAGUGGCAACAGGCGCCGCAGCCCGUGGAGCUCUAUGUUGGCUUGGAUCCCGCUGAAGUGUCGAUAGAGCAAGCCCGGGAGCGAUACUACGGGAUGAAGCACGACAAAAAAAGGCGCAGGGGAAACGCACUAUUUCAGGCUGAAUUUCAUGCAAAAGACUGCUUUGGUGAAUCUCUUGGCGACUUGUCUAUUAUUCAACGUGUCGGGAUUGAUAGUAACAUCGGGCCAAACGGAUCUCUCAUGAGUUCCCGCUGGGGAGGCGGGGGGUUUGACAUUGUGGCGUCAAUGUUCACUAUGCAUUACGCGUUCGAAAGCGAAGAGAAAGCGAGGCAGAUGCUUCAGAACGUUGCUGGCUCCCUUAAGAAAGGCGGAAGGUUUCUUGGUGUUGGCCCAAAUUCUGACGUUCUUAGCGCUAAGGUGUCUGAAUUGAACAAGGGUCGCAAAGAGAAAUCAGAUGUUAGUGCUCCGGAGCAGGGGGAAGUUGAGGAAGGACUGGAGUGGGGAAACAGCAUCUAUCGGGUCCGGUUUCCGGGUGAGACACCAGAAGACGGUGUGUUCAGACCCGCUUUUGGGUGGAAAUAUAGCUAUUUUAUGGAGGAGGCGGUGGAAGAGAUCCCAGAAUAUGUUGUUCCAUGGGAAGCAUUCCGAGCACUAACGCAAGACUACAAUUUGGAGCUGCAAUAUCGGAAACCAUUUCUUGACAUUUGGCGAGAGGAGAAGGAUGAUCCCAUUCUUGGUCCCCUGAGUGAACGAAUGGGAGUUCGCUCGCGGGAUGGGACACUAUUGGUCAACGAAGAAGAGUUCGAAGCUGCAAGUACGUACACCUUUUUUGUUUUAUACCGCUUGUCGAAUGCCUAUUCGAGCGCCUCCGACGGCUAA